CACCAUGAGGCGAGUGGUUCGGCAGAGCAAAUUCCGGCACGUGUUCGGCCAGGCGGUGAAGAACGACCAGUGCUACGAUGACAUCCGCGUCUCCCGCGUCACUUGGGAUAGCUCCUUCUGCGCCGUAAACCCCCGAUUCGUUGCAAUCAUCGUAGAAGCUAGCGGCGGCGGGGCCUUCAUGGUGCUGCCUUUGCACAAGACGGGCAGAAUUGACAAGUCAUAUCCAACAGUUUGCGGCCACACGGGACCGGUGCUGGACAUCGACUGGUGUCCCCACAACGACCAGGUCAUCGCCAGCGGCUCGGAGGACUGCACCGUCAUGGUGUGGCAGAUUCCCGAGAACGGGCUCACGCUGUCGCUGACGGAGCCGGUGGUCGUGCUAGAAGGCCAUUCCAAACGGGUCGGCAUCGUGGCCUGGCACCCGACGGCGCGCAACGUGCUGCUCAGCGCAGGUUGCGAUAACGCAAUCAUCAUCUGGAACGUGGGCACCGGUGAAGCCCUCAUCAACUUGGACGACAUGCACGUGGACGUGAUCUACAACGUGAGCUGGAAUCGCAAUGGCAGCCUCAUCUGUACAUCUUCCAAAGACAAGAAGGUUCGAAUUAUUGACCCCAGGAAACAGGAGAUCGUUGCUGAGAAAGAGAAAACCCACGAGGGAGCCCGGCCCAUGCGGGCCAUUUUCCUGGCCGACGGGAACAUCUUCACGACCGGCUUCAGCCGCAUGAGCGAACGGCAGCUCGCCCUCUGGAAUCCCAAAAACAUGGAAGAGCCAAUAGCCCUUCACGAGAUGGACACCAGCAAUGGGGUCCUGCUGCCCUUCUAUGAUCCGGAUACCAACAUUAUUUACUUGUGUGGCAAGGGCGACAGCAGCAUUCGCUACUUCGAGAUCACGGACGAGUCCCCCUACGUUCACUACCUCAACACCUUCAGCAGCAAGGAGCCGCAGAGAGGGAUGGGGUUCAUGCCAAAGAGGGGCCUGGAUGUGAACAAAUGCGAGAUUGCCAGGUUCUUCAAGCUUCACGAGAGGAAAUGCGAGCCCAUCAUCAUGACGGUCCCUCGAAAGUCGGACCUGUUCCAGGAUGACCUGUACCCGGACACAGCCGGCCCCGAAGCAGCCCUGGAAGCCGAGGAGUGGUUUGAGGGGAAGAACGCCGAUCCCCUCCUCAUUUCUUUGAAACACGGCUACAUUCCAGGCAAGAAUAGGGAUCUCAAGGUGGUCAAGAAGAAUAUACUGGACAACAAGCCUGCGGCGAACAAGAAAAGUGAUCUCAUUAAUGCUCCAAAGAAAGCAGCCGAUGCCUCAAGCAUACAAAACGAAGCCAAAUUGGAUGAGAUUUUGAAAGAGCUGAAAUCUAUAAAAGACACAAUCAGCAGUCAGGAUGAGCGCAUUUCCAAGCUCGAGCAGCAGAUGGCCAAGAUCGCAGACUGAGCGGCGAGCGGCGGCCGCGCCGGCCCGGAGCACAUUCCAGUCCCCGCGUCCGCUCGCUCGGCAGCAGCGUGCAGCAUUCCAGCGCGAGCUUCCCUCCUCUCCUCCAUUCACGUCAACGAAAGCCGAUGAUUAAAAUCAAGCUUUUUAUUAGUGAAAAGAUUUUUUUUUUCCUGAUGUUUUAAUGAAUUAUGUGACUGUGUCAAACAAGUCAAAAAGUGCUACUUUUACAGUUUUUUUUUUUUUCCAGAUGUUACGAAAUCUUGAAAACAAACCCAUUCUGACUCUCAGUGUUGUGCCCAAAUAUCUUUUUCUAGAUUUAGGGACCAAUGCCGCAUUGUUCUUAACCAUUUUUUAAAGUUGCCAAAACCAAGAGAAAAACAAAGGUUGCUUUUUAUUUU